AUGGACCAAGAAGCGGCGAAAUUCGUCCCUGCUGCUAAGUCCCGAACUGCUCGUAAGCGCCAGGUGGUGUCUACUGUUAAGCCUCCACCUGUUAAGAAAUUGACUUUUCUUGACAGUUAUCAGAUCCCUGUGGUGUCUGAUUCGGGCGUGCAGUCGGGUAAUGCCUGUGGUUCAUGGAAACAGGGACUUUUCGGGGGAAGCCAGCACAUUUUCGUGGUUCCGCAAGGCACCCAGGGGUGGGAAGCGGCCGGGAUGAGGGUGUGUGGACAAUCGACAUCUGCUUACGGAGAUCUGGACCCAUGGGUUUUGUCGGUUGUCCGCAACGGAUACAGAAUUCCAUUUUUUUCACCCCCUCCACUGACGUCCUCCCCCCGGUUACCUGCAGUACCGCCUGUCGACAAACGAGUACUGGUGGAGAAGAUGGUUGUCGAGUUUCUCGACAAGAAAGCCAUCCAGGAGGUGGAUUUGGGCACUCCGGGAUUUUAUUCCCAUCUGUUCUUCGCCCAGAAGAAGAAUGGCGAGUGGCGACCAAUUUUAAACCUGAAGCCACUGAAUUAUUUCGUCGUUAUUCCAUCUAUGAAGAUGGAGACGGUUCAGUCUGUUCGCGCUUUGCUUCAGGUGGGGGAAUGGGCGGCAUCCAUCGAUUUAAAGGACGCUUACCUGCAUGUUCCAAUCCAUCGGGAUUUUUGGAAGUGCUUGCGGUUCCUCUACGACAGCAGAGCUUACGAGUUUCAAGUUCUGCCGCUCGGAUUGGCCACAAGCCCUCACGUCUUUACUCUGGUAGUAAAGGCAGUGGUGGGGCAUGUACAUCUGUUGGGUAUACGGAUGCACAAUUACCUGGACGAUUGGUUAAUUCCGGCAGCGUCACAGACGGCAUGUCUCGUGGGCGUGGAGUUCGUGAUCGACAUGAUUCUCCGAUUGGGAUUUAUUCCCAAUUGGGUCAAGUCUGAAUUAGUGCCAGUGCAGGUUUUCACUUAUCUCGAGGUGGUUUUCAACCUUGUGGAGGCGUCCGUUCUUCCGACGGAUUCGCAACUGCACAAUUUCAUGACGUUGGCACAAUGUCUUCUGGUGGAGCUCCAUGUGUUGAUAGGCUAUCUUGAAUCGCUGGCGGCGCUGAAUGUGCGGUUCAGACGGUUCAAGAGACUGCUUCAAUGGCAUUUGUCCUGA